ACUCUGGAGGUGUCACCUGGUAACCAUAGGCUCUAACGCCUGGCAAAGGACAUGAGACAAACCACUUCACACACCUGAAAGUGUGUGUUUUGUUAAGUUAGACACCAGAAACUUCAUGUUGGUUCUUCUAUCAUUUAUCCAACUGGAAGGAGGACCAGACGGCAAUAAAAUGGAAAUGCUGUCUAAAUUAGAGAAUAAGGUUCACCCACAGCAAAUGAUCCCGGAGCUGCGGAAAAACAAUAAAUAUGACAUGAACCGGAUGGUUAGUCGAAUGAAAAAGCGCUGCGCCUUUACCUCCUGGACCAGGGAGAACAUACACAAGAAGGAAUGCUGCUUCUAUGAAAAGGGUGUCAGAGAGGACAUAUGUAAGUGCGGCUACUCAAAAAUCGAACAUAAUGAUGAAGCCAUCAAACCAGAGGACUUCACUGGCGAAUCAUGGCACAAACACAGACAUCUCCACGAAGUGCCCACAGACGCUUUUGGGGACAUCAGCUUUGGUGGUUUGGGACAAAAGACGGGCAAGUAUAUGCGAGUGUCAACAGACACCAACCCAGAAAUCCUGUACCAGUUACUGACUGAACAGUGGAGACUGUCCCCCCCCAACCUGCUGAUCUCAGUGACCGGGGGGGCUAAAAACUUCUACCUGAAGGCUCGUCUAAACAACAUGUUCAACAGAGGUCUUAUCAAAGUGGCCCAGACAACAGGAGCAUGGAUCAUCACCGGUGGUACGCACACAGGUGUGAUGAAGCAUGUAGGGAAGGCUGUGAGGGACUACGCCCUCAGCAGCUCCACGCAGGGCCAGAUUGUGGCUAUCGGAGUGGCAACGUGGGGAACCAUUCACAACAGGGACGCUUUGGCGCAUCCAGAGGGUUGUUUCCCAGCCCAUUAUGAGCUGGACAUCAAGGGCCAGGGUCGACUCUCCUGCCUCGAUAACAACCACACCCACUUCCUGCUGGUGGACGAUGGGACCCAGGGAAAUUAUGGAGUGGAGAUUGAGCUGCGUAGCUGUCUGGAGAAAUGCAUCUCCGGGAAACGUCUUGGAAACAAAGAAAGUGGCGUGACAAUCCCCGUAGUGUGCGUGGUUUUGGAUGGAGGACCAGGCACUCUAAACACCAUCUAUAAUGCCAUGCUGAAUGGUACACCAUGUGUGAUCCUGGAGGGCUCGGGGAGAAUAGCCGAUGUGAUCGCCCAGGUGGCAGCUCUGUCAGUGACCCGGGUCACCAUCGCCCUCAUCCACCAGUUAAUGAAAAAGUUCUUUGACCAAGAGUAUGAAAAGUUCCCCGACCUCAGGAUCAUAGAAUGGACCAAGAAGAUUCAGGACAUCAUCAGGAUGCCUCACUUGCUAACCAUAUUCAGAAUUAGCGAGGACAAUCACGGGGAUGUGGACGUGGCUAUUCUUCAAGCGCUACUUAAAGCCUCGAGGACCAGUGAGUCGCUUGGCACUGAGUCCUGGAAGAGGCAGCUGGAGCUGGCUAUAGCCUGGAACCGAGUGGACAUAGCUGAGACUGAUAUCUUCACUGAGGAGAGGCAGUGGAAGUCCAGUGACCUCCACUGGGCCAUGUUCUCGGCCCUGGUUGGCAACAAGCCUGAGUUUGUGAGUCUACUGCUGGAGAACGGCGUGAGUCUGAGGGACUUCCUGCAGGACGAGGAGACCCUGUGUGAGCUUUACAAACAGCUGCCAUCCUGCAUGUUCCUCCGCAAGCUGGCCAAGCGGGUCCACAACGCUCACAGGAAGAAGGCGUUCGGCAUGAGGCAUCGGGUUCGAUCGGGACAAGGAGAAAUGGUCUCCUUGACUCAUGUGUCUGAUGAGGUGCGCCGCCUGCUGGGCAGCUUCACCCAGGCCCUCUACCUUCCCUCCAACAUGACGUACCACUUCAACAUGUGUCUGGAAGAUACGUCAGCAUCACUGUCUAAAAACUCGACAUCUUCUCAAGCUCCGCUAAAGGAGGACAGUCCUGACGCGCAGAGGGACCCGGGCAGAGACAUUUUCCUGUGGGCUGUCGUCCAGAACAAUAGGGAGCUGGCUGAGAUCGCCUGGGAGCAGUGUACAGACUGCAUGUCGGCUGCGCUGGCCGCCAGUAAGAUCCUGAAGACGAUGUCAGCUGAAGGAAUGGAUGCGGACAAGGCGGAAGACAUGAAGAAGCUCGCCAAUCACUAUGAGAAACACGCCAUUGGUGUGUUCAAUGAGUGCCACAACUGGGACGAAGAGCGGGCUCAGAAGCUGUUGUUUCGUGCGUCUCCGUCUUGGGGAAGGACGACGUGCCUCAGGCUGGCUCUGGAGGCAGACGAUAAAAGCUUUGUAGCUCAGUCUGGAGUUCAGGCCUUCCUGACACAGAUCUGGUGCGGUGAGCUUUCAGUGGACAACCCGGUGUGGAGGGUGCUCCUCUGCAUGGUCUUCUUCCCUCUGAUCUACACCGGCUUCCUGGUUUACAGACGCGAUGAAGUCAUUCAGAGAGAAGCUGAGAUGAAUGAAGAAAUCAAGACAGUGGAGAGUGUAACGGGAAGUGUACUUCGAACAAGCACUCGCAGUCUCGACUCCUCCGGCCUGCAGCGGCAGAAGCCUCUGGGCAGAUGGUCCAGGCUGCUCCGCCUGUACAGCUCUGCGCAGGCCAAGUUCUACUUGAAUAUCGUGUCUUACUUCGCCUUCCUCUUCCUCUUUGCUGUGGUGCUGAUGAUCGACUUCCAGGCUACGCCCUCUAGUGGGGAGGUGCUGCUUUACAUCUGGCUGCUCUCGCUGGUGUGUGAGGAGGUCAGACAGCUGUUUCACGAUCCGGAUGGCUUUGGGUUUCGUAAGAAAGCCAGGAUGUACAUCAACGACCUGUGGAAUAUUUUAGACGUUCUUUCCAUCCUCUUCUUUAUUAUCGGCCUCGCAUUUAGGCUGACGACUGAGCUGUUCUAUGCGGGUAAAAUCCUCCUCUGCAUCGACUUUGUGGUCUUCUGCCUCCGGCUAAUGGCCAUCUUCACUAUCAGUAGAACACUUGGACCCAAAAUCAUCAUCGUCAGGAGGAUGAUGACGGAUUUGUUCUUCUUCAUGUUCCUGCUGAGUAUCUGGGUGGUGGCGUACGGUGUGGCCAAACAAGGCAUCCUCAUCCACAACGACAACCGGCUGGACUGGAUUGUCCGCGGGGCCGUUUAUGAGCCGUACCUCAUCAUAUUUGGGAAUUUCCCCACAAAUAUUGAUUAUGCUGACUUUAAACUAGACUCCUGCACCAUGAAUGGCAGUGAUCCUCUAAAGCCCAAGUGUCCUGUGCUGAAUGAAAACCAGAUGCCAGCCUUCCCCGAGUGGCUCACCAUCAUCAUGCUUUGUAUUUACCUGCUCUUUGCCAACAUACUGCUGCUGAACCUGCUCAUCGCCAUCUUCAACUUCACGUUCCAGGAAGUUCAGGACAACACAGACAGGAUAUGGAAGUUUCAAAGAUACGAGCUUAUCAAGGAGUACCAUAGCCGCCCCGCUGCCCCGCCCCCUUUCAUCAUCCUCAGCCAUCUGUACCUCUUCAUUAGGAACGUGGUGCUGUGCAGGACGCCCAUCACUACCACAGAGUUCAAGUGCGAGCUUCCUCAGGUGGAGGAGGAGGAGCUGCUGUCCUGGGAGGCCAUGAUGAAGGACAGAUACCUGCUGUCCACACGGCAGGAGCAGAGCCAGAGCAUGGAGCGCCGCAUCGUGGACACGGGACAAAAGGUUACCACCAUAACAGAGCGGCUGGAGAGGGAAGAGGAGAUGGGCUCUGAUGCCACGGUGCAGAGACUGGCUCGACUAGAGGAGCAGGUCAUGCAGUCCGCCAAAGCCCUGCAGUGGAUUAUGGAAAGUCUGAAAUGUCAGGGUUUUACAGCAAAAGAUGCACAACCACCAACACUGACCACAACAGAGGAGUCCACUGAUAUGUAUGCAUCAGAGAAAGAGGACAAGUACCAUGUGAACGCCCGUCAGUUUUACUAUCCCAACAGCAAACUCACACGCUUCCCUGUGCCUGAAGAGAAAGUGCCAUGGGAGUUCAGCUUCACCUGUUACAUGCCGUCUUAUUACACGUCUGAAGAAAGUGGGGACCAUGUGGAUGGAUCAGAAUCAGAGGCCUCAAAUAAUUACAGAAAUCCAGGAGGGAGGACUGGCAUGAGGGGACGGGGUGCACUAAGCCAACUGGGUCCAAAUCCCAAUCUAGACCUCGUGCUGACACGCUGGGGAGACAGCGAGUGCUCUGUUUUGGACUACCUGGUGGUUUGGGAUGAGAAGAAGGGAACCUUGGCUUUACCUGGGGGACCCAUUGAAUCUGCUGAUCACCUGCCAGUGAUUCUUAGGAGAACCAUGGGAAAGAAGAUGUAUGAGAUAGUAAAUGCCAAAUUAUCAGAGGGAACAAAGGUGUUUGAGGGUUAUGUGGAUGACUGCAGAAACACAGAUAAUGCCUGGGUGGAAAUCACAGUCCUUAACAUUCACCUGGACAGAGCAAGCCAGACGACUGACGAUAUCAACAGUAUGGUGGUUAGCAGCCAUGGCGCUCUUCAGUGGCGAGAGGUGAGCGGUAAAACCAGACUUAGCUCCAACCAAGGAGACUCACUGCGGCUGGUUGCAGAGCUGCACAACAGGAAGUUCUGAUGUUCAACGCGGCUGUAGCUGUAAAUGUGCCUCUCCAUCCACAGGGUUCCUUCAUGUUGCCUUAUGUUGAUGCUGAAAUGUUAUUCUGUUGAACUGAAUGCACUUGAAACAAGACUCUAUAAAGCCAUAAUGUAUGCUGCUAUGGAUUAUUUUCAACAAUUUGCACAGAUGUUAUUGGCCAGUACACUGAAUGUUUAGCCCACACACUGUGCUUUACUGCUCAUGCUUAUGUAGGCACUAGGCAGUAAUAGUGUAUAUGUAAACUGAUCAUGAAUACCUCCUUUCUGAGGAAGUUGUAAUUUAAAGGAAUGGUAAGCU